AUGGCAAAAAAUGACACUUUGCUCCAAAGUCAAGCAGCAACACUGAAAAAUCUGGAGAACCAGAUGCGUCAAUUAGCUACUGAGCUUUGUAGUAGACCACAAGUAACCUUGCCGAGCGAUACAGAAAAUCCAAGGGGUUUGGGUAAGGAGCAUUGUAAGCAACUUCACAUCAACAUCCCGUUGGUGGACGCUUUAGAGGAAAUGCCCAACUACGUGAAGUUUAUGAAGGAUAUUUUGUCCAAGAAGAAAUGUCUUAGUGAGUAUGAGAUUGUUGCUUUAAUGAAGGAGUGUAGUGCAUUCUUACAGAACAAGCUACCUCCGAAAUUGAAAGACUAUGGAAGUUUUACGAUACCCUAUAACAUUAAAGAAUCUUAUUGUGGUAAAGCUUUGUGGGACUUAGGAGCAAGCAUAAACUUGAUGCCCGAAUCUAUUUUUAAACUGUUGGGAAUAGGUGAAGUAAUACCCACUAUUGUGAUGCUUCAACUUACAGAUCAAUCUUUAGCAUAUCCCAAAGGAAAGACUGAGGAUAUUUUGGUAAGAGUUGAUAAGUUUAUUUUUCAUACUGACUUUAUUAUGUUAGAAUUUGAAGCAGAUAAGGAAGGUCCGAUCAUCCUAGGGAGACCUUUCCUAGCCACGGGAAGAACAUUGGUAGACGUGAAAAAAGGAGAACUCAUAAUGAGAGUUCAAGAUGACUAG